AUGCGCGGCCAGGACGAAGCCGGCUCAGUCUCCUCCUCCUCCGUCUGGGCGAGAGGCUGGGUCUCCCUCGCUCCCUCCCCGCCCAGGGAAGCCGCUUUCCUGCGAGAGAGAGAGCGGCUCGGCUCUCUAAUGCGCAGAUGCGCCGGCGGAGCCCCUCCUGCCCGCCGGAGGAGAGCGCUGCCCGAGACCGGAGAGCAGAGGAGGCCGGAGGCCGGCGGUCGUCGUCGUCGUCGCCUCAGCAGCCGCCUCAGCAGCCCAUGGCUCCCACAGCAGCGGCGGGCUGAGCAGAGAGCGACGCCGGAGGGAGCAGCCAGGGGGCCGGCGGGGAGUCUUGGCCGGCGAGGCGGCGGCGGCGCUUGGGCCCUCCUCCCGCAGCGGGGAUUGUGGCCGCGGGGGCUCCCGACUCCGGCUCUUUCUUCUCGCUCUCCCCCCCGUGGCGGUGUUAUGGCCCCUUGCUGGAGCGCAAAAGGGUCCCUUGCUUGGAGGUCAGCGCAGCUCCUGCUCCUCGUCGCCUCCUGCUGUGGUAGGUACCAGCCUCUGGGAGGAAGGAGAAGGGGGCGAGGAAGCCAGCCAGCCAGCCGGCCGGCUCCAUUGCUUCCUUUGUCGCCCCCGUUGGCCUUAUAUUAAAGGGGCGCGAAGAGACAAAGCAGGCAGCCUUCAUCUCUCCUCUCCCCCCCGUUUGCUUUUUAGGAAAAAGGCUUGAUUUGUUUUUGUUUUCCUCUUCUCCUUCUCCCCUUCUUGGCUUACCCCCCCUUUCUUCCUUAACGCUGGGGUGGGGGGUGAGUGAGAGGCGCCCACCCCCAAACAGCCCUUUUUUCAUUCUGCUUAUUUUUGUUCUUCGGGCAUCAGUCUUGACAGUUUUAAAGCAGCAGGGCUGAAGACGACGACUUCUUCUUCCGCCGGGGUUUUGUUUUAAGCCGAGGGCUGGGACUUUGGCCCAGCUAGUCUGCCUGCCUCUUUGUUUUGUGUGUGUGACCCUCUCGCCCGCACGAAACAACGUGCCCGUUGGGGUGUUCUUGUGUCUUGUUGUCGGGGCGUAGGAGUGGGGCUGGUGGGAGAGAGGAAAAGAAGUUCGCAGUGGAAAUCUGUAUAUGCUCAAAGCCCGCUGGUUUAAAACAAGUGGGGCCCGACUGAACCAUUUUCUUCCCAAAUUUAGUUUUGUUCCACCCACGCAUAUUAGGAAGAGAGGAAGUGCUUUUGGCCCGUCUAGUUCAGCACUGGCUGGCAGCAGUUCUCCAGGAUUUCAGACAAGGGCUUUUCUUCCUGCCCUGCCCUGGAGAUUCCAAGAACUGGACCUGGGACCUUCUGAAUGCAGAACUUUACUAGUGGUCCAACCAGUGAUAUGUGGUCCUUAAACACUUUUUAGUAGGCAGCUAUAUAAGAUGUCAACAUAAAAAUGGUUAUAGUUAAUUGGAAUGAAGCCCCGGCUCAACAGCAUGUGCCUAAAUGUCUGAAUGAUUUGUCCCUUCAUUUGUCACCUUUCUAGGAUGCCAUUAGCACCACAACUAGGUUCAUAACCAAAACAUGCAGUUUCAUAAAACUUGUAGCUAGAGUAACCCCAGAUUUUGAAAUUCCAUUGGCCUUGUUUGUAUUUUUAUUAGGUGUUCUAGCCAACAAUUUGCCUUGGAGUGCAAACAAAUGAUGGCCCUAAAUUGUCAGGUUCCACUGCAUACUUGAUUUAAGUGGAUUAUGUGUAUUUGACAGUGGAAGAUAUAUUCAUAUGUCUUAAUAUUAUUGAGCUCUACAGCAAAGGGAACUUGGUGGUGGCACCAUAAGUUUCUUUGUACAAGGAGGGACCUACACUGUAAUGUGCAACAAUGCUCUAGGAAAAGCUUGCUUUUACAGUGGUACCUCGGGUUACAUACGCUUCAGGUUACACACUCCGCUAACCAAGAAAUAUUACCUCGGCUUAAGAACUUUGCUUCAGGAUGAGAACAGAAAUCGCGGUGCAGCGGCAGCGGGAGGCCCCAUUAGCUAAAGUUGUGGUUCAGGUUAAGAACAGUUUCAGGUUAAGAACAGACCUCCGGAACGAAUUAAGUACGUAACCCGAGGUACCACUGUACUCUACUUAGACUACACGUAAAGAGAUGGCAGUUCAUGUAACUUGUUUGUAUGUUGUCUAACAAUUUGUGAGAGUUGCUGUGGUCCAACAAGUGAAGGCCUGGGUUCAGUUUCGUUUGGGGGAUUGGCUUACAGGAGUAGUGUCAAGAUGGUCAUUCAAGGUUUUUCCAAAUUGUGAAAGUUCUCUCUGAUUUUUGUUCACCCACAGAUCAGAUGUAAGGGAUUGUAUGACUGAAUAAUAUUAAGUUUAUUUUAGAUCUGGGCAUACUGGUUGCUGUCUGAAAGUAAAAUCCAAGUUUGCCAUUUCUCAAUUCACAUAUUUCCUGAACAAAGGUGAAAUUUUAAUUGGUUGCUAUAACAAUCAAUACAUUAGUAUUAAUUGACUAAAUAAAUCAUUUAUACUACACUAGGUAGUAUAAACUAGUCAUUCAUCUCACAUGUCUUUCACACUAUAUAAUUAUAUCUGCUUACAGACAAGCUCAUAAUUAGGAAAUUAAUGAAGUUCUUCUUUUUCUGUACAUAUGCAAGGAUGCAAAACAAAACGACUUGCUUGAAGAAAAGGGUCACAAACCAAUACAAAGUUAGAUGGCAACCAAGUGUCCAGAACUGUCAGAAGAAAGACUGCUAAUUACAAGGCAAAAGUAGUGUUUCUCAGUAAGUUGGAAAUGUUCGUGAUGUCUGGUUAAUAGCUAUAAAUGGGUACAACAUGUUGAAAGAGGAGUUGCUCACUCAGUGGGGUAGAGCUGCAGUUAUAACCUCCCAGCACCAGUACUGCUGUUGUGUACAUGGAUGGGUGAAGCACUGGUGAAGUUGGAACUGUAUGGAUGCGCUGGUGGAAGCAUUUAGUUCUGUCAAUAUGACUGUUCAUACCCGACCUUGCUGCUGUCUUGCCCCUGUGGUGGUGAUGCUGCUACCCAAAAGUUAUAGCUGUGGCUCUACCCCACUGAGUGAGCUGCUUAUGUGCUGUAGUAUUAGUAUUAGCAGUAGUAGUAAUAAUAAUAAUAAUAAUAAUAAUAAUUUUAUUAUUUAUACCCUGCCCAACAGAAUAUUAAAAACAUGAUAAAACAUCAAACAUUAAAAACUUCCCUAAACAGGGUUGCCUUCAGAUGUCUUCUAAAAGUCAGAUAGUUGUUUAUUUCUUUGACAUCUGAUGGAAGGAUGUGCCACAGGGCGGGCACCACUACCAAUAAGGCCCUCUUACUGGUUCUUUGCAACCUCACUUCUCGCAGUGAGGGAACCGCCAGAAGACCCUCAGACUAACUGUAUGUGAGUAACUAUUAUUACAUGACCUUAAAAGUCAAGUUCCUGUUCACUGCGACCCCCACCCCUCUUAGAUAGAAAAUUAGGCUUCAAUUCAGUGUAUUUGGUGUAGGACCAUGGACUCAGGUUUAAGUGAUAAGUAACUCAUUUCCCCCUCCAAAAAGCAUCAUUUGUCUUUCAACACUUUCAUAAGCCAUAGUUUACCAGAUAUAUGAGAAGGAAGGGUGCAUUGUAUAUCUGCAAGUUGUGCUGUCCAUUGUUUCUUAGACUUUGAACAGCCUGGAGGAAUGAGAAUGUUGUAUCUGUUUUCGCACACUUGGUGUGGACGUGGUAGGUAACUCACUUGGGCUUUAUCCAUACCAGAUUUAAACUGGUUUAAUAGUAAUUAGCUUUUCCAAGGGAACACUGAUAAUUAUUCUCUGAGGGAGCAGAGAAGCACUAAAGAUCUCUUAACAAUUUACUUUAAACAAUUUACCUCAGUUACUUUAUUCCUUUUUAAUAUGCAACCUAAGUUGAAGCAAGCAGUCUUAUUGUAGCGUACGUCCAAAAUAGGUUAUGGUAGUUUUCCUCUAAAAUUACAGUGAUAAAUACUGACCACCUUAUUUUGCAAACAUCACGAAGGUCAUGUUGUCCCUGGCCUGCUGACUACAUGAAGUACUGUUUCUUCCUAUAUAAAGGGAAAUCCUGUCUUGAUAUUUAAAAUACUUCUAUAAGAAAAACAGAAUAACACAGAUCAAUUUCGGUUCUGAACUUAUGCUUACCAAAACAAGAUGCAUGACUUACUAUGACUGUAAAGAAACAAGUAUGCAAUGUGAUCACACUUAAUGCAGAAAAGCCUGACACCAGUAAGAUCAUAUCCAUUAAAACUUCUUAUGUAUAAAAGGCCUUAGGGAUCUCCAAAAUCCAUAGGAAGCAAGACUUGUGUUAAAUAGUAUCGCUAUUCAUACCAUUGGCUAAAGCUGUAUAUCUGUUCUUCAUAUUAAAGGAAACAGGAGCUUGGUUUUUAAGAAACCCACUGUUUUCCAGAGGGACAUAAAGUAAAAUACAAUUAUGUUCAUAGACCUGGAAGCAUUCCCAUAGAUCAUUUUAGCCUCAGCAGGGCACAAACAAAAACAUUUACUUUCUUAGUUAUUGUUUUCUUAAUCUGUUUGACCAGUGUUUUUCUUGAAUUGAAGUGCUUGGAACAGACAGACACAGCUCACCACAUUUAAACUUAAGGAAGUGCUUUACGUGUCUAGUCUCUGAUAAAGUGCUUUUGUUAAUAUACAGAGGAUGAAAAAAUAUAAAACAUAAAUAUAUGCAGGGAACUAAAUCCAAUGUUAACUGCAGGGAGUAUGAGAGGAAGUUAUGUUUGUGCAAACAGAUUUAUUACUCCAGCUGACCAGUUUUUCUGAGAUAAUUUUUUAAGAUUUAACACUAGCCUUUCUUUACAGUGGGUGGUGCACAGUUAAAUCAUACUCAGAGUAACUUUGGUUUCAGAGUAUGACUUAUUUGAAUAUCUAUUUAUUGUUUUUGUAUCCAUACUGUAUGUAUGUGAAAGUGUGCAGGUUAUUCUCAUCCAUCCAUCCAUCUUAUUUGUAUGCCACCAUAGUUAAAACCACGCUCAAAGCUGCUUGCAACAUGAAAAAGAUACAUAAUUACAAAUAUAACAAAAGUAGUCAAACAAUAAAUAAAACACAUAAAAAGCAUACAACCAAACUGAACAGUUUCCACAUAAAUCAUAUUAAGGUCUAAAAAUAUAUGUACAAAAGAGUAAUAUCAUCAACAACAACAGUACCCCACAAACAAUACCCCAGUCCAAGGGUCUGUUCAGCAGCCUCAGCUUUUUGAUGAAGAUCCAGUUGCGACCAUGUGGAGCACCCGCAUUAGUUAAUUAGGUUUGCAAGACUAUUAAUAUGGUGCUUGUUUUUAAACCUUCAGUGGAAUUCACCUUUUAGCAAUAGCUGUGCAAUUAUUAAAAUUCUUCUCCUUUUUAUUCAAGGAAAGCUUUUUUAGCCUCUUACUGGGAUCUCUUCUUAACUUCCACAGUGUGACCCUACUUAAACCCAUGUUUUGGUCAUAAUCCUCAGUGCAUUAUGUGAAAGUAAAUAUUAUCAAUUUCUAUAGAAACAACAUCCAAACAAUACCUUUAGGAACUGGCCCAUUCAUAGCCUACAUUUUAAACUUUGUAUAUAACUAUGUUCUGUGCAUCUGUUAAGAGGCCACCCCAUCACUGCAGCAGUGGGGAAAUGGGCAUGGGUGGCUUCUCAGGAAAUGUUUCUUCUAAAUAUAAAUAGCAAACUACGUAUUUCCUGUUCUAAUGAAAUUCAGUGUGUAAUUAGAGGCAUCAACAUAGGUUACAGUCUUAAAAGUCUAGCUCUUGAGUCACAGUCCUCAAAAGCUUUGAUGCCCACAAGUGUAAGUGACAUCAGCCACUUGGGAAGGAAGGAGCUGGAGAAAAUGGCUGCUGUACCAGGGCAGCUUUGACCAUGCCAUGCAGUAUGGCAGGGGCAGGGAUUGCAUAAAAAACCAGCUACAACCUCUGAUGCUGUCCUGCAUUAUGGUGUUCUGUGCCAGUGACCCUGAAGCUGAAUGAUAGAAAUACAGUAUGCAGGGCAGUAUUAGAAAUUCCCUGGCACAUUUUACUAUUGGUGUGGGUCUAAUUGUGACUAUGUGGAGAUUUCUGACAUCGAGCCAGUUUAAAAAACCCUGCCUUAGUCAUCAUUAAUUCCAUUUCCACUGUGUGUGUUUUUCCUUCUUGCAUAGUGGGACUAGUAAAUGGUUGUAAGAGCAAGCUACAGCCAAGCAAUGUAGCUGUGGUCAUAGGAUCAGAAUUGUAGUGUUGGAAGCGACCCCAAGGCUCAUCUAGUCCAGCACCCUGGCAAAUAGACAUUCUGUUGUGGUAGCCACAACCUAGGUUUAAGGUGGCGUUUGGCGCCUAGCUUAUAUAUCUGAGUUUAUAACACAGCUGCAGGGAUAUAUGGUACAGCCUUUACACUGAUUUCCUUAGUGCUCACUUUCCUCUCCCCUUUCACAGCACUUCUCUCACACAGUACUAGUCUGUCCAUUCAAUAAGAUCUGUAGAUUAGGCCCUCCUGGUUGAUCUAGUGGCUGCAGGUGUACAUCUUGCGGCAACAAAGAAGGUAACCUUUUCUGUUGUGGUCCCCAAUCUUUGGAAUUCCCUUCUCCUCACCAAGUAUGACAGACACCAGUCUUACUUGUGUUUCCGCUUCUAUUAAAGAUGCUGAUUUUAAUGCCUUGCUUUUAGUGAUGUGCUAUUAUCAUUUCAAGCUGUGGUUGUAUGAUGAUGUUUGUGUGCGCAAGGUAUUUUUGUCUCCUUAGAUGCUUGAAGUGUGGGUGAAGAAGGAUUUAACAGAUUGUGAUUGUACCUAUACUCACAGUGUAGCUAUAGCUCUUGAAUUCUACCAUGUAAAAUAUUUAUUUGCCUCCUUUCUGUGAAUAGACUGUGCCCUUUGCAAGCGAAUCAGACUCCCCGCCCCCUUCUAAUUAAAAGAUUUGAAAAGCCUCCUUCAUUCAAUGAAUGGAAUGGCUUGUUCUUAAAUAUUUUUGGACAAGGGUGUGUUGAUAGCUAAAGCAUAUGUAAAAAAGAAAAAGAAAAUAUUCACCUUUUUAGUGAACAGAUCUUUGUUGAUUGAUUCUAGCAAAGUGCCUACAAGUACAGGCAUUGACUGGAAAUUCAGCUACAGUUUCAGUGGUAGGGUUUUGUGAUAUUUGAGGCAGUAGGCCCCGAGCACAGAUACUUACAUUAGUGAGGAAGAAACUUAGGUCAUAUUUUAUUAGUUUACAAAAUGUUAGCUGUGGAGAACAACAGGGGUCUUAAAUGUUUUUAGGGUACCCAGGAUUCCCAUUGACUUCAACAGUUGUUCUCUGUGGAUGAAAAAUACAAGGCCAUAAGUCUUUUAAAGUGCUCCUAUAAAAAUCUUAAGUGUGUUAUCUGUUACAAAGCUAUAAAAAUUUUUUUUGAAUGGCUUCAUACCCUGAAAACUGCUGAAAUGGAUUCUGCUGAAUUAAGCCAGAAAACGUCCCCACUCCACCCCUGUUGACACCUCACUUGUCAAACUUGUUUUGAUAAGUUGGUAGGCAGCUGAGAAGGGACUGAGACAGUGUCUCAGGGUUUUCUUUAUUUGAAAAGGAGCUCUCAAAUAUUGGUAUAUUGAUUGUAAAUCAAAUUCUUAAAAACUUUUGACCGUUUUUGCAAAACAGGAGUCCUUGAGACGCCUAAGAGGUGACAUGAUAGUAAAUAAAAUUAUGCAUGGCAUGGAGAAAGCAGACAGAGAAAAGUUUCUCAUAUAAUACUAGAACUCAUUGACAUCCAAUAAAGCUGAACGUUGGACAAAAGGAGGUAUUUCAUCACACAGCAUAUAGUUAAGCUAUUGAAUUUGCUCACACAAGAGGCAGUGAUGGCCACCAAUUUGGAUGGUUUUAGAAGAGGGUUUGACAAGUUCAUGGAGAUAAAGGCUAUCGAAGGUGGCUGUGUUCUGCCUCUAACAUGCUUCUGAAUACCAUUUACUGGAAACUGUAGGAGGGGAGAGGGCUGUUCUGCUCAGCUCCUGUUUGCAGGCUUCCAUCCAUCUGUUAUUUUAUUUGUAUUAUGCUUUUCCAUAGUUAAAACCAUGCUCAAGGUGGAUUAUAUAAUUAUAUAUUAUAUAAUUACAAACAAUAAAUAAAACACACAAAAAUGCCAAAUAAAUCAUAACAAGUUCUAAAAAUAAAAAAUACAAAUGAAUUAGUGUCAACAAAAACAACAGCAACACGCCCCCCUCAAAUAAUACCCCAACCCGACAGUCUGUCCAGCAACCUCGGCUUUUGUAGCUUGAGUCAGUCAGGGUCCUGUCCUCCCAGGUCAGGUGGGAAAAGGCCUGCAAGGCAGGGAGCAGAUGUUCCAGGACUAACAGCUAAGAUGGCUUCCCACAAGCAUCUGCUUGGCCAUUGUGAGACAAGGUUGCUGGACUAGAUAGGACAGGGGCCUGAUCCAGCAGUGCUACUCUUCUGUUCUUCUCUUUCAUUUUGUCUUGGUUUUCUUAAAUCAACAAUUUAAGAGUGGUUCUCAACCAGUUCUUAACUUACUUAAUGAUAUACCUUUUUUCAUGCACCACUAUAGACUCCUUUCCAGUGUAGGAACAGAAAUGUGAACUGUUGUAAAUACCAAUUGUAAAUGUAUACAAGGAGUUAACAGGAAUAAAAAUAUUAAAUUACUUCUGUUGACAAGUGUAGCAAAUGUAGAGAUUGCUUGAUGACAGGAUAAGGCCAAAUUAUCUGGCAAGUAAAAAUUGCAUAGACAGGAUGAAGAGUUAACUCAGUAGCAGGAAAAAAUGAAACUAGAGUGGCUCAGGAAAGUUUUGGUGAUACAAAGGAUUCCAAGGAGGUAGCUUAAUGCUAUUUAUAGAGGAAGGCAGCUCCAUGGCAAAAGAGAAUAAAGACAGUUGAUUCAUAUCAAAUUAACUUGCACAAAGCAGAGAAUGUGGGAGACAAAGAAUAAGGGAAAACAUAGGAGCGAUUUCACAGGCUUGCUCCUAAAGGGAAGCCUCUUUGUGCUUCCACUGACUUCCAGUUCCCAUACUAGUGUAAACAUAAAUAAUAUUCUGUACAUUGUUGUCUCUUUAAGAGGUUAGUGUAUAGAAUUAUUUGCCUCUGCCUCUUUCCUUUCUUGUGGUUGAAGAACUCCUUCUAGUCUACCCUCCUUACAGAUUGAGAGCCACUGCCACCCACUCACCUUCAAAGAAGUCCCAGCUUUUCCUUGUUACAGAGAACAAGCUGUGAUUAGUAUUGAGGACAUGGACAAAAAUAGAGCUAAACUAGAAGCAGGAAAACACUUUCCAUUUCUGUGCAGUUUGCUUUUCAUGGUGUAUGGACCGUAGUUCCCCGUUUAAUAAUAAGUGGGAAAGAAGCAGUCUGGCAGACAAUGUUUCAGCUACAGACAUCCUUGUACUAGCAGAACUUGAUGCCAGCAUAGGCACACAGAAGUGUACAAGUGGUGCCUCAUUAAGAGUAUAAUAGUGAAUUGGUCAAAAGAGAUAUGAUAACAAAGAUUAAAAGCUUGAAGGAUUAGAACUUGACUUUCGUUGGAAGACAAAACAUAGUUCAAAGACAUAAUGAGAGAGGUGUCAUGAAUAUAGCAAUAAAGGAGACCAGGUGUUAGCAGAGGCAUUCUGUAUUGAACUGAAUGAAGUGGGACAAGGGGAGGAACAAAAUAUAGCAAUACUUUAGAGAAUGGCCUAAGGGUACGUUACGAUAUUACAUUGCCAAAUACAGUGUCUGGAAUUCUGUUGUGAACUACCGUAUUUCUCGAAGCAACAGCAAAAUAGAAGCUCUGUAAGUCUCAUAGGAUGUUUUCCCCGUCUACCCAUUCCCCAGCUGACAUAAUAUUGGAGUCCAGUUUCCAUCUUUACAAGACAAAGAGAUCAGAAUGUAUCUGAUUCCACCAGGGAACUUGUUUUAGAUUGUACGUGACCAUUGCAUAUGGUGACAGAUGCAUAGAUACGAUUCAACAUAUUGAGCAAACAUAUUUUAAGUGAUUAUAGCUGUGUAUAGUGUAUUUAGCACUUGCGGGAUGUUUUCAAUAUUAUGGCAGAUGGUAGUAAAUUCAAAGGUAGCAAAUUUCUAACAAGCAUAAACUUUGAACUGAACUAUUAAGAAUUGGAAUUAAGGGAUUGUUGAAGACUCCAACUUAGCUAUGUAUUUAUUUCGUGGCUUAUUUAGUAAGUUUUAGAUUAGGAACUUGGAAAAAAAUCACAGUAGCUGAUUUUAAGUUUAUUCAUAAGCUACAAUCUUCAAAAUGGGAAAUCUAAGGUUAAGUGAGGAUGUCUGUUCUGGCAUUCUUUUUGUUCAACUAUUAUAUUAAUUUAUUUGCCAAGUUUAUUUUUUUUUUACUGUCAAUCUAAGAAGGCAAAAUCCUUUUUGGUAUAUAUGUAUUAUGAAUAAUAGAAUAAUUGUGUGCAGGACUUGCUUGACCAUGAAAUGACUGAGGGCCCCACAUUUAUUGGAUCAUACAAGAAAAAGAAUGAUGUAUUUUGAGACCUGCUAUACAGAGAACCUGACUUGGAUUUGACACAGGUCCAUUGUGACUUACUAAUUUUGAACCCAAUUAAGUUUAUAAAGUGCAGGGGAAAACUAAAGUACUAUAUAAAUGUUUACUACUAGUAGCAAUCGCUGCAACUUGAAUAUGAGCAUAAAUAGCUUUAAAAAAAUAAUUAGGAACAGUCUGUCAGUGAAGUCUUGCCAGAAUAAUCAAAAACACUUAAGAACUUUCAUAUAAAACACAGCUGCUGACUCAGGGUCAGCAGCUGACUCAGCAGCUAGUGGUAGUCUAGCUUAGCCACCAUCCUGAUCUCAUGAAGUGUAUUUCUGGUAACUGUAUUCAGAGAAUGCUGAACUAGAUGAAGCAUCAGUGUGAUGCAGUGUGGCAAUUCCUGUGUUAUUAUGAUACAUUUUGCAGAGAAAAGAGACUUCAAUUCGGCAAGAUAAAAUCAGUGAUUGGUAUCCAUUUGUGGUAUCCACUGGCAGGAAGCAUCUUUCAAUGGACUGGGAGCGGGGAGAGACACAUUUCAGCAACUCUAAGCAAUUUGCAAUAUAAUGACAUGUAUAAAACUGUUACCUAUAUAAAACAAUUAAAAACAAUUGCAAUAAAAACUAAUUAAAAAAACUAUAAAUAUAGAAAUAGUUUUAAAACAACAAUACAGUGGUGCCUCUCAAGACAAAAUUAAUUCGUUCUGCGAGUUUUUUCGUCUUGCAAAUUUUUCGUCUUGCGAAGCAAGCCCAUUGGGAAAUUCGUCUUGCUAAGCAACUCAAAAAACCAAAAACUCUUUCGUCUUGCGAGGCAUUCGUCUUGCGAGGUACCACUGUACAUACAUAAAAACAAUUCAAAUCCAGGACAGCUGCCAACUGGGAUAAAGAUUUUAGAAAACUUAUUGAAAAGCAGAUGCUUCAACCAGUAGAUGAGACACCAUAAGAUACAGCCAUGCGAUUUUAACAUCACAAUGCAUGUGAUGUGUCUCUCUGAUGUGUCUCUCUGAAGGAAAUAAAAAUCAAUAGAGAAAGACUGGACUCUUCUGUAGAACCACUUCACAUUUGUGUGAAAAAUUAACUUGUUCCAUCCUUUCAGUGUUUUGCUUUGCCCACUGAAAAAUUAUUGCAGGUGCCCAUGUGGAGAGAUCUAUGUGUGGUGUGUAUGCAACAGAGGGGAGGAAUGAGAAUUUAUGAAUGUGGUCUGUGAGAGAGAGGGAGAAAGACAUAUUUGAGGUGUGUGUGUGUUUCUGUGAGUGGUUGUGUUUCAUGAGUGUCUGCAUGUGUGCAAGAGACAGAGUGUGAUAUGGGGACUGUACUUUCAAGUGUAAUGGCAAUGAAAAUCUGUAUUUUAAAAAAGUAAAAUUUCUUUAGCUUCAAAAAGCUGUUGCAUAAUGGUAGUUCAUCCAUCUAGUCUUUAGUCAUUGUCUAUAGUUACUAAUUAGAAUAAAUGCUGUGUUCAGGAACAUACAUACUCAAUACAUAAAACUCUGGAGCCUUUUAAAGUUGUCUGUUAAGAAAAUAAUUCCCGUGGAAAACCUACUUCCCAGAGGUUUGUGAGGAACAUAACAGACCAUUCCAGUACAACAUGAACAUUUAUUUUAUUCAUAAAAUGUUGCAUUCACAUGUCACAGUAAACCAUGGUUUAGCAAAACGUUCAGCAGGAAGGAUCUGUAGCAAACCUCAGACUCGUGAACGCUCAGCUCCCUCCACUUCCUGCACAGAUGGGAGGAAGUCUUCAGCAGUGUUUACUUUUAGUUUCACUCACUUGGACUUUCUUUGUCAUGUGGAACAGGGUUCAUAGGUUAUCCCUCACAAUACCUAAUUUCAGUUUUGGAAACUGGCUAUAGCUAGGAAUAAACCACUGUAGACAAGGUGAGAUUCAGGGAAACUGAAAUUCACUUCUGCUGAAGUUGUCAUCCUGAAAUAGGGGAGUGGAAGUGUAGGUGCAUGUGAGCUUGAGACAUGCUGUGGCUUGUUCUUGCUUGUCCACAUCUCAGUAAGCCAUGGUUUAACAUAACAUGAACAUGACCACCACUAUAGCUUACAUAGCAUUUGGCAGCAUACAAGGUGUUAGUCAGUACCUGUACAGCUCCAAACUGCUUUCUGAGCCUCACAUUACUUUCCCUAUUGGUCACUCUCUGUAGCCUUUCCAAUGGUUCCAAUCCUUCGGGGGGUCAAGAUGCCAGCUGGCUAGCCCCCAGCUGGAUCAUGCCCUUCCAGCCGUGACGAACCCCCGACCUCUGGUGCAACGUAAAUCAGCGACUCAGACCUCAAAGCCUGAGCACACUAUAUCGGCAGAGCAUACUGCACAAACAGAAGAGGCAAGAGGCGAAAGGCUUGUGGAAACAUACUAACAAGCUAUGGAUUUAUUAAGCAUAAAUCAGGACAAAAUAAAUAUGUCAUCUCUCUUUCCGUUUCCUCAGAGAGAGAGGCAAAAGCAAAAGCCAUACACAACGGAAGUUCCCAGCAAACUGUUUUGGAAUGUAAACAGACAUGCGGCAGCUAAAAAAGCCAAUGCAAUUCUGGGCUGCAUCAAUAGGAGUAUAGCAUCUAGAUCAAGGGAAGUAAUAGCGCCACUGUAUUCUGCUCUGGUCAGACCUCACCUGGAGUACUGUGUCCAGUUCUGGGCACCACAGUUCAAGAAGGACACUGACAAACUGGAACGUGUCCAGAGGAGGGCAACCAAAAUGGUCAAAGGCCUGGAAACGAUGCCUUAUGAGGAACGGCUAAGGAGCUGGGCAUGUUUAGCCUGGAGAAGAGGAGGUUAAGGGGUGAUAUGAUAGCCAUGUUCAAAUAUAUAAAAGGAUGUCACAUAGAGGAGGGAGAAAGGUUGUUUUCUGCUGCUCCAGAGAAGCGGACACGGAGCAAUGGAUCCAAACUACAAGAAAGAAGAUUCCACCUAAACAUGAGGAAGAACUUCCUGACAGUAAGAGCUGUUCGACAGUGGAAUUUGCUGCCAAGGAGUGUGGUGGAGUCUCCUUCUUUGGAGGUCUUUAAGCAGAGGCUUGACAACCAUAUGUCAGGAGUGCUCUGAUGGUGUUUCCUGCUUGGCAGGGGGUUGGACUCGAUGGCCCUUGUGGUCUCUUCCAACUCUAUGAUUCUAUGAUUCUAUGUGACACGUAACUGUUCCAUGUCUGCAACUAAAGGUGGAAUGGAAAUUUCCAACAAUUGUGUGUGUGCUACCUUAAACACAUCUGAAUACAUCUAUACAAUACUUAUCAAAUUACUUAGGAAAAGCAGUGAAAAACUUGUUGCUGAGAACUAGAAAUUCAUCUUCAGAAACUAGCUAUACAAAGUCAGAUGCUCAUACUUCUGCUUUGAUUCUUGGAGAAUGCUUUGAAGUAGCUGAUAAAGGAUUGCCUAGAGGAAGCUGUGCAGUCUAGUCUUCUUGGCACACAGCAAACUAAAGUAAUCAAAACUUGCUGAUUUGAUUCCAGAUGAUGAAUCCUCUCUCACCACACACACAUUUAAGAAUAAAAACUCUCAGAACUCUUAACUGAUUAGCAGUUUUAAAAAGUGACUCUUGCUGAUAGCAUGUUUUUCAACUGCAAGCUUGACAAAUACUAUUUUUUUGUAUUCUUUACAUUAAUUAGCUAUUUAUUGAUUUUCAUAAUGGUAAGUAAAAUACAAGGGAAAAUAAAUUAAAGCCUUGCAAAUAUACGCGGGUGGUGCUGUGGGUUAAACCACAGAGCCUAGGGCUUGCCGAUCAGAAGGUUGGUGGUUCGAAUCCCUGCGACGUGAGCUCCUGUUGCUCGGUCCUUGCUCCUGCCAACCUAGCAGUUCGAAAGCACGAAGUGCAAGUAGAUAAAUAGGUACUGCUCCGGCGGGAAGGUAAACGGCGUUUCCGUGCGCUGCUCUGGUUCACCAGAAGCGGCUUAGUCAUGCUGGCCACAUGACCUGGAAGCUGUACGCCAGCUCCCUUGGCCAGUAAAGCGAGAUGAGUGCCGCAACCCCAGAGUCGUCCGCGACUGGACCUAACGGUCAGGGGUCCCUUUACUUUUACCUUUAAAUAUACAAAGGGAAGGGGGUACAAUAUCAUUGCAACAACAAAAACAACAAGGUUGCAACUAUAACAAAAUAAUAAAAAUGUCCAGGAGAUGGAAAAAAACAGUUUUAAGUUUCCAAUGUUUCCAAAUACAAUUCUGCCUUACACAGAGUCAGUCCAUUAGUCCAUCUAGUUCCCAAUCUUAUUUGGCCUACUGCCCCCUUUUCAGAAAAAAAACGUCAGGGCCCCCCUGGAAGAUGAAACAUGUGCGAACAGUUUUUCAAAACUAUACUUUCACUUCCCCCUUAUUUUUAUUCAAUGCCCCCUAUUGCACCUGAGGAUACUACUGCCCCCUGAAAUGUUUCAGUCCCCCCCCCCCCCAGGAGGCAGUAUCAUCCACUUUGGGAAACACUGAUCUAAUUCAACAUUGUGUACAUUGACUAGCUGUGGCUCUCAAGGAUUUCUGAUAGGGUUUACUUCCAGCCGUAAUGGGAGAUGCUGGGGCAAAUUACACCUAGACCCUGCUCCAUGCAAAGCUCUACUACUGAGCUACAGUCGAACCCUGAUAUUAUUCCAGAUAAAACAUCUGGCCAGUGUGGCUCAUGAGGAUUUUCUUUUAAACAGUUGUUUUAGCAAAGCUGUUUCAAGCAAACCUACCAGUAAAGCAGAGUCUGUAGUGUUCUUAAUAAAAUAUGUAGUUUUGUUCAGUUCUUUUGACAAGCAAGUAAUAGAUCAAACUUCAAGUAACUUCAAACAAGUAUUAGAUCAGUUUUGUUUAGAAUAAAACUCAUAGUUUUUUUCUUUUAAAAUUGCAUAAUGCAGAUUUUUAUAGAAUUUAAAAUGUUUGAAGUAGAUAUUGCCCUCAUAAUGGGCAGCUGUAUACACUUCGACAGCAAAAUUCAUUUUUAGAUUUUUUUGUUUUUUCUAGGAUUCUUGAAUGUACAAGUUUCUGUGGAAAAAUGUCCCUAAUGCAUUAAUUCUAUAAUAUGAGGAAUAGAUUCUGACUUCGGUUUAUGAUUUGGGAGACAAGGAAAAUUGUGGGUGGCAUGAGAGAAUGCCGAUACAGUGGUACUUCGGGUUACAAACGCUUUGGGUUAGAAACCCCGCUAACCCCGAAGUAGUACCUCUGGUUAAGAACUUGGCUCCAGGAUGAGAACGGAUAUCGUACGGCAGCGGGAGGCCCCAUUAGCGAAAGCGCCCCUCAGGUUAAGAACGGACCUCCGGAACGACUUAAGUUCGUAACCUGAGGUACCACUGUAUUGUCAUGACUACAUUUGUUAGUACUUCCUUCUGCACUUCCAGUUUAAUGCUAAAAUACAAUGCCAGCACAAGCAUAGGAAGCUGGCAAGCCCUUCCUGAGCUGCUCAGCUUUGCUGCUGAAGAACAGCUUAGUGAACUGAGCUAGAAAUAUAUACGUUGCUACACUUUCUAUGCCUUUUUGAAACCAGUGGCAGUUCCUGGCCAUGAUAACUUAUGCAUUGGUAACCUCAAGUUUGAAUUAUUGAAUUAUUAUUUGAAUUAUUAUUUGAAUUAUUGCUCUGUGCCCUGUAUGGGGCUUCCAUUGACAUUGGUCCAGGAUCUGUAGCUGGUGCAGAACUUAGUGGCUAGGCUGAUUGGAGCAUCCAGCCACAAGGAUAUGAUGCCAUAGCUUAACGCAUUGGACUAUCAUAGCACUUGUUACUGAGUCAAGUAGCAACCAAAGGCAGGACCUUCUCUAUAGUGGCACCCAGUCUUUGGAAUCAUUUCCCUCCUAGAUGCCAGACAGGUACCAAUACCUCACUGAAGACUUAUUUUACUCAAGUAUUUGCAACUUUCUAUUGUCUAGCUUUUAGUAUUUCUGGUUUUCUACGGAUUUUUAAAUUUUCUGGUUUAAUUUAUAUUGGUGUUUAUGGUGAUGGUUGUAAACUACCUCGAAAUUUUCAAUGAAGAGUGAUAGAUAAAUAUGCCAAUAGAUUAUUGUCAACAAUCUACUUGGAACAAAUAUUUUCCAGCUGUGCUGUUCGAUUUUGGCAGACAUUCUCUUCUAAAAAUUCACAAUUGCUACUUCUGAAAAUAGUUUACUAAGAAAUGUGUAUCUGGGGUUUAUUUGGUUUCUUUCUGGCUUAUGCUAAUUUUAUUUGAACAGAUUUCUGAAUCCUUGUUUCUAUUUAAUAAUAGUAUAGAUAGUGGUACCCAUUUUGUACCCAGUAGAAGUUUUAUGAAUUUGUUUCCUGAUGUUGGUUUGUGAUAUUGUCUAUAAGUCUGCUAUUUUUUGGUAGCUGAUGUUUGCAGUGGUUUCACUUUCACACUGCACUUAAUUUGCUUGACAUCCUUCUGAUGAUUUACCUACAUGUAUGAAUUAUGAAAGUUUUCCAGUCUAAUAUCCUUGUCUUUAAUCUGCAAUAUGAAUAAGUUCAUGCAAGCCAAAAAUCAUGUCACAUAUUGUCCCACAAUGAUAUUACAUAAGAUUAUUUUAUUUCUAGAUCUCUUUCGGCAUUAGUGCUUAUUUAGUGUAAUUCCUUUGCUGAAUUUUAGCUCUAGAUUAUUCUUCCAAAUGCAGUGGUUUGUUUCUGUCUAAAAGCCCCCCUGUUGGCACAUUUCCUGUCCUAUUUUUAUAUUGGAUUCUGUCCAUUAGAUGUAAUCAACCAAGUUGUGCAUUGCAGGUAUUAAAAUGUGUGUCGGUAGUUGGAACGCUCUUGGAUAUGAAUGCCAUAAAAUUCAUAAUUUUUAUGGAAAAUACAUCUUUUUUAUGAAUCAGCCAAGUAAUUUUUUUUGCAAGUGUGCUAAGUAUAGUCGCAUACUUAUUUGGAGUGAAGUCUGUCAGAAUGAAGGUGGGUCAAAACAGUUUUGUUUGUUAAGAAAAAAAGUUAGGUUUAAUGGAAAAUCGACAGUACCAGUUUACUACUUUAUUUAGAUCUGUAGGUGACCUCACUUCUUUCUGAGACUCAAAAAGAGUCUUGUUUGUCUCUUGUGUAUCAGUAACUGUGUGAAAUACAGAAACUGUAACACAAUGUUCGUGGUACUUGCUUUAGCCAAAUUUCUGUGUUCAUUUCCAAGUAGCCCUUAAAUGUGGGAGACCCUUCUGUAAUUAGGAAUAGUGAGAAGUGAAAUAUUGUGUGUGGGUCGCCCCAUUAUAGGCCCUCUUCUGCCUGAUAGCACAUGGGACACUCAACCUGUUCUGCUUUUAGUGAAUAAACAAUGAGAGGGAAGGAAAGCAUCCCCUAAAAGUGUCAGUCCUGAUUACUGGUUCUACUAUCAGAACACACUAAGGUAAGGGAAUCUGGCUCUGCUUUUUACAGCGGAAAAGAGCAGGAGAAGCAUGAGUUCUCUGGGAGGGAUCCUGGAAAUUACAAGUGGGUUAGCGUAAUGUCUGUCUGUAGAAAACUGGUAGAAAGUAUCAUUAAAUGACCGAGCAGUUGGUUAGAGUGUGGUGCUGAUAAUGCCAAGGUUGUAGGUUUGAUCCCUGUGUGUGACAGCUGCAUAUUCCUGCAUUGCAGUGGGUUGAAUUAGAUGAUCCUCAGGGUCCCUUCCAACUCUACACUUCCAUGAUUCCAUGAUUCUGUGGUAACAUUACAAAAGAUAAAUGAUGGAUGGAAAUUGUGUCCUGGAGCACACUGCACUCCACACAGUAAAAGGGGAUCUUCAAAGAUUAUGUCUGGGAGUCUUAUUGAGUUAUUAUUAUAGGCAGUGUGAUGUGGUGGUUAAAGAGUUGGAUUAAGUCCUGGGAGACCAGGGUUCAUAUCGACAUGCAGCCGUGAGCCUCACUGGGUGACCAGUUCAUCUGUCAGCCUAGCCUAUGUAUUUUUUUAUUAUUAUUUAUGCUGAUGGUCCACCAAAGUCUCAGGCUCUUAUUAAGACACAGUAAUAUAUGAAAUAAAAAUUAAUAAAUAUUUAAACAACAAUAUGCAGAAAAAAAUGCAGCUUAAACAGGCUGGAAGAUAAGAACCGGAAUUACUGAGGCUGUAAUUCUGUGCAGAGUAACUUUGGGGGUACUCAUCACCAGUGCUGUUUUUCUAGAAAAAGAGGUGCUGGAACUCACCAUGAACAUGUUCUCUUAUAAUGACCAUGGGACCCACCUCAGAGGUGCUAGAACCAAGUUCUAGUGAGUUCCGGCUGAAAAAAAGCCCUGCUUCUCACUGAACUCGGGGAAUUUGACCCCAAGAAACAGGCAUGGGGUUGGGCUGCAUCUCCCCUUUCUCCGCAUCAGCCAUGAUGUUUCAUAGUGCACCCUUAGAUACCACUAUUCCAAAACUGUUGAGUUAAACGAACAAACAAAUGCAUGUUCUGGCUAUCACCCAAGUGAAGACGUGAUCCUGGAAAGUAGAGAGUGCAAAUAGGCAACUGCAUAUGUAUUGGUUACCACCAUAUUAAGUGAUUUAAUACUACUUUUCUACAUAGCAAAUGCUGCAUGUUUGCUGGCCCUGUAAUAAAGUACAUUGUGGUUGUUUCACUGUGCUGGAGGGGGCCUUUUUGGUUACUGAGGUUCUCCGCACCCCCUUCUGUUAUCUUUAUUUAACUCACUCUGCUAACCUCUGUUAUUAGAUGGGAGGGGAACAGAAUUAGAAAAAGUCUUGAAGAGAACUGGAAGAAGAAACUACUGGACUAAUACAUCUUAAUUCCCUUAAAAUCUUUUAGGAGGUAAUCAAGCUCUGAAGCUGCCUAGGUUCUCCAUUUAGCUUGCUCACUGUGUGACAAAGAAGCCAUUUGUGUCUUGAUUGUAUAAUCGUUUUAUGCUCUUCCUCCCCGCCCCCUCCGGGCCUGGCUUUAUUCUUCAUUUAAAAAUGUAGUGGAAGAAGCCUUUGGAUGUAAAGUAUUUGAAUAUUAAAAGUAGCUUGGUUUUUGUUCUUUUUCUUUUCUGUAGUACUAUAUCUGAAGAAUUUUUACAAAUUUUAUCUUGGAAAUUAGUUUAUUCAUUAUGUUUAAUUUUAGGAAACAGUGCUCUUGCAGAACGUUCUGAAAAUGUGCAUAUUUCAGGAAUCUCAACUGGUAAGUCAUUUUUUUUUGUAAUGUUUAAAUUUCAUGCAUGACUUAAAUAGUAAAUAUUGAAAGCCACCUGGUAUCUUAUGAAGAGAUAUUUGGCUAUAAAAAUUAUUACUGCCUUUUGCAGCAUGUAAUAAGGAAUGAAGCAACUGGAACAUGGACACAUUUUCAUAAGAUAAAUUUGAUACUUCCAUGCUCAUGAACAGAUUAUUCCUUUCUAAUGCUUAAUUAUUUCACCAUACAGACAUUAAAGAGAAAAGUUGGCCUAACUUGAUUUUUCCUACAUUAAAGUUUUGUGAAAUGAAAUUUAUUGAAAGAUUAUUUUAAAAGUAUCAAUAACCCAAGCAGCUUUAUUACACAUUUUGUUUGAUAAGACUUGAAGCAGCAUCUGAAACUGCGGUUCACCUGAUUACACAGUUUAUACCAUGAGUAAUCUCACGUGACACUAAUGGAACACUGGCAGAAUCCUUAUGGCUUGCGUCUCUUCUUUGCCAGCAGGAAAACAAGUGGAUUGAAUAGAUAGAUGGCUGAAGGUCAGAACCUUUGUAUGCUGUACAUACUGCAAGCACAUACUAAAGAAUUGCUUGGCUCCUAAGAUUAGUUAUUGUAAGGAGCUUUGGUGGGGUGGAAGUUGAAAAAACAAUAUUGUCCCUUUCCUCUCCUCUGCAGUCACCUGUGACUCUGGAAUAUUCUCUUUGGAGGGGCAGGGCUGGCCCUCCUGAAGAAUGUGGUCUGGGGUGUGUGUGGAGCAAAAUAUGAAACCAGCAUAAGGUGGAAAAGCCAAUUUAAAGCUUCAACCUGACGUCUAGCAUCUUGAAUUCACCCCCAAAGGCCAGAGAAAAGAAACGAGUCUUUAAGACUGCUUGUUAAGGGUAUUCUCUGGCUACAGACAAAUGCAAAAAAGCAAAGGUUCUCCAAGAGCCAGUCUUUAUCUAGCCAAAACUGCACCCCGCACCACAAGAGGCAGGUAUCAGCUGACUGGCUUUGGGAACAGAAGUACAAAAUGAAGGUAAAAACCCUAAUGAGGUUAACACCAAAAGCAGCCCAGUGAGGACGAAGGAUGCUUAGGGACUGCAGAACACGGAAUGUCUUGUGGGUGGGGAAUGGAAUAGCUGGCUGACUGAAACCCUGAAAAAAAGCACUACACACGACAACAUUUUAUUGCAGGUCGUGUUUUUGCGUGUGUGUGUGUGUGUGUGUGUGUUAUAUCUCCAAAGCUCAAAAAGUUUUGUAUUUAACCUUUGGGAAGGCCAGUGGCUCUUUUACUAUAAUAACAUACCACAAAUUUUCUUCCUUUCUUAACAAAUUUAGGUGUCACCCUUCACCAGAAAGCAGUUUACAACAUAAUCAACAGCAUAGCAAUCAUACAACACAAAAACUUCCUCAACAGAUCUCGUAAUAAAGGAGCAGUGUCAAACUGUUAUAAAUUUAUUCCAUUGCAGUUACGAAGCCUGCUGGAGGCCUAGUUUAUUUUCAAAAAUGUACAAUUAAAAGUUUAAGCUUCCACCAAUUUCAAUAAUAAUAAUAAUAAUAAUAAUAAUAAUAAUAAUAAUUUAUUAUUAUUUAGACCUUGCCCAUCUGGGGAAAUGGCACCUUCAGCUCCCUGUUCUAUUGAUUUGUUUGUUGCAUUGUAAACAACCUAUAAAGCAUGAAUAAUGAUGUUGGUUAAUGUUGGAUGAAAUUCAAAGAACUGCAGGGUUGCUUCUAGGUUCAUUGAUGCCUUUUGGCCUCCCUCCCCUCAAGCUCCCAAAAGCCAGCCAUGAGGGUCAAGAUACCAUUUCUGCAUUUGACAAGAGUGUGAGGGAAUGUAGCCAGAAGCAAAGUCUAAAUUAUUGUGUGCUUGAGGCAUAUGUAUGUCUGGGUCUGCAUCCUAGCCAUUGUAAGAUUUCUUACAUAAUAAUUUUUUCUAAAUAAAAUAAUUAUAUUAUUUUAAGGAAUUGUAUGGUUUGUGAGCUGUCUUUGUCGGCAUAUAUUGCAUUCUAGUUGUUAUAAUUACACUACUUUAGUUGCACAUUAUGUAAGAUAAAUUGGUCUUUGGUGUGCGUCUUUUGCAGAUUGCAUAUGCAAGUCUGAUUUUCUAAAAUCCUUAUGUGAAUUCUCUUAUAAGCACAGCAGUAAAGAUCACACGGAGAUUUAAAUUUCUUAUCUAUAACUGCAUUGGCAGUUCUUUGUGAGUUCAGUAAUUAACCCAGCCUUUAUCAUUCACACUUUUGAAGUUAAUAUUUUACAAAACAGAAGGAAGUUGUCAGUGAAGGUGUCUUCCAAGGGUGUCAUCAUGACACAAGAAGCAGUAAGAAAAAAAAUCACGUCUUUCUUAAGCUCCCUUGUCUUGGAAACAUAAUAUAACAAAUAACUGUUGUUUUGUAUGUACAUGCAGUUUGACCCUAGGAAAAGAAUAGCUGCAGUGAUUUAAAUUCUGUUGUUGCAGUUUCAUCCCGAGCACUUCCUAGAAUUCUAUUUACAUUCAUAAGAUAUUUAUUUAACUACAUUUAUAUACUACCUUUCCUCUCUGGCAGUGCACAUGCUUCCCCAUCCUUCAUUACGGUAUAUCCUCACAGCAACCUUGUGAGGAAAGUGAGAAUGAGUGACUAGUCCAAGGUCAUCCAUUGAGCUUCAUGGCUGAGUGGGGAUUUGAACCAACCACAAAACCGGGGUAGCAUCACUAUCAGGCAAAAAAAGCACAAGCUAUUUCAGCAGGGUCUGCAUAUACUGUACACCUGAAAAGUAGGUUGAGCUUUAGAGAUCAUAGUGGGGUGCAAGAGGGAAAGACAGUCCUAACUUUAAAAAUCAGCUGAGUUCUUACAUAAAUAGAAUCACAGAGUUGGAAGGGAUCCCAAGGAUCAUGUAGUCCCAAUGCUCUGCAAUGUAGGAGUACGCAGCUGGCCCUUACAAGAUCGAACCUGUGACCUUGGCAUUAUCACCACUACGCUCUAACCAGUGCUGGUAAUACCUGCUGUUUACAGCCUUUUCCAGCCUGGUGAAAUGCUGAACUGUUGUUGUGGUAUUGUAUGACUUCCAGAAAGCUUGGAGGUUAUUUAAAACUACAAUAAUAGAAGCUCAGCUGUACUGCCGAUUAAGAAGGGUACCACCCAAUCCAAUAUGCCAUUGUGGUUAAGAAGCAGAAUCAAGGAAGCUAUUUGACAAAGAAGGCUUCCUUAGAAAAUGGAAGUCUUUCGCAAGUAAAAGAGGAUCUAGGAAAUUAUACACAUAUUAGGUUAAUAUCUUGUUCUGGAUAAACUGAUGCAUAGCAUUACUGAUGGUAAAAUUACAAAGUAUGUAGGAAAAUAAGUCCUGUCUCACUAACCUAUUAGAAUUCUUUGAGAGUGUCGUGCGUAUGUGGAUGUGUGACUCAGGGAACAUUAUACAGCUGAGGUAGGGGCAGACCUUGGUAAUACUGUGCCCUGUGCACAGCCAAAUUUUGACACACAUUGCUUGGGGGCAAGUGCUGAGCGAGUUCUAACUAGGCUUUGGGAAGGAGGAGGGAGGACUCUAGGACUCUGUCGAGCCCUUGCACCUCUUUCCCAAAGCCCAGUGCUUACUAGGCUUUGGGAGGGAGGCAGGCAGGAAAUUUCCUAAUCUAGCUAUAUACUUAAGAAUGUAAAAUGUCACCAUGCUCUUGUUGGUGUGGCUGCCAGUAGGCAGCCAUGCUAACUGCAGCGUUAGUAAUGGCAGCCCAGCACGGGCAAGUUGUUUAAUGAGGGAAAAGGAACCAGGAGUGGAAAGAGGAGAGGUUGAGGAGAGGUGUAAAUCAGGGGUCAGCAACCUUUUUCAGCCAUGGGCCGGUCCACCGUCCCUCAGACCAUGUGGUGGGCCGGACUAUAUAUUUGGGGGGGGGGGGUGAACGAAUUCCUAUGCCCCACAAAUUACCCAGAGAUGCAGUUGAAAUAAAAGCACACAUUCUACUAAUGUGAAAACACCAGGCAGGCCUCACAAAUAACCCAGAGAUGCAUUUUCAAUAAAAGGACACAUUCUACUCAUGUAAAAACACACUGAUUCCUGGACUGUCCGUGGGCUGGAUUGAGAAGGUGAUUGGACUGCAUCUGGCCCCCGGGCCUUACUUUGCCUACCCCUGGUGUAAAUGGUGGAGAGUUGGAAGAGGAGCAGGGGGUAGGUGGGGUUGGCAAGUGGAGCAGGCAGGGAUGCAGCCUCUAGUUUCACAUAUGCUGAUGUGGUCUGAGCUGGCAGUGACUGACUAAGAAAGGGAUCUUGCGUCACUGUGGGUAGCUGAGUGAAUAUCCAAAAAGGGUAUUGCAGAGCUGGAAAGAUGCAGAAAAGGGCAACCAAAAUGCUCAGAGAGCUGCUCCAAAACCAUAAAGAUUCUGCCAGGUUUCAGAAUUGGCUGUAGUAACUUUAGAGGUCUGUUAAAUCAAAGUGCUGAGCCUUUUCCAAUUAAGUUAAAUUCUAAUUGAUAGAGCUGGCUGAGAGACUGAACUGCAAGUCAUGAAGUCCCAGAUUGACUUGUGUGUCUUCCAUAUUCAUUAAGUAGACUAGGAAAGCCACUUGGCCUCUGCUCCCCACCCCAGCAUCUGCAGUAAUAACUCUUGUAUUGUUUUAUAAAUGUAUUUGCCAUGAAGAAGAAUCCUGCUUUUCUGUGUUUGAGAUUUUUUUUUUAAUGAGUUAGCUUUUAUAAUGUAUGUUCAGUUUUAAAAACAUAACUCCAUGACUUUUUUUUUAAAAGGGAAACAUUUUGAGUGUCAUGCAUUGACAUUUACAUAUAUAAAUGUUGAUAUUCUGCCUUUUUUGUUUUUGCAAUAUUUAUCUGCUUUGUCUUAUAACAUGAAUCUCAAGUAGGAGGUCACUUUGUUUACAUUCAGUUCUAUGAAUGUAGAAUUCCAAAGAGUAAUGGAAUAAGAGCACCACCUAAUGGGUGACUAAACGAAAACAAUAAAUCUUCUGUAAAACCCUAUCACUACUGCUGAACUGAUGGAAAAUCUGACUUUUAAAUUUUGAGGCUUGCUUUUUCCCCAUUUUUGAGAAUUGUCAUAUUUUAUUAAGCAGAAGCCAUUUUUAUUUUCUUGCAGAUAACAAAAUAAUUCUUCAUAAUGGAAAACCGUAAAGUCGCCCAUUGUGUCAAUAUUUUAUUUACUUGCAGAUUGUUCCCUUUAUAUACAACACCUUUCCUGCAUUGGUAUAUUUUCUGUCAUUUGUGGAAGAAGCAGGCAUAUAUGGUUUUCCAAGUGUUUGCAAGCUGCUGCGGUUGUAUUCAUUUUGUAUACUUGUCAUGGCUGAUUUUUGCCCAUUUUACUUUCUGCUCUUUAUAAUACAGGCAUCCAUAUACUGUGUGUGAUGGGAUGAUGAGCUGCUUGUGCGUAAAAUCGUAUCCCCUCAGAGUUUGUUCAAGUCCACAAACCUCUGUCUGUGACAGAGCCCCUCAGACAUGGCUACUCUAGUCACUAGCAGAUUCCGACAGUGGUUGCUUUCGUAAUCGCUUCCAACAUAAAAGCUCCUUAACGGAAACACGUCUUCUGGAAUCUCUGCGUGACAGUUUCCGGCGAGGAGUGGGUGUUCUUACAGGAGGUCCUGAAACCUCUCCACUGUUUUCGCUGGAAGUGUCUCUGAGCCAUCCCUCCAGCUCAGCUCCUCUCCCCCUGCUGGUUCCCUCAUCAGCUGCUGCGUCUCUCCCAACCUGUGUGAGCCCUUUCACCUCCCUGUUGGUUUCCUCUUCAGCUGCUGCGUCUCUCCCAACCUGUGUGAGCCCUUUCACCUCCCUUCCGUCCGAUGGCAGUUCCCUGACACUGUGUGUUGGAUUUUUCUGCAGAAUAAGUGCAUGAAUAAUUAUUCAAAUCUAUAAAUAUACUUUGGAAAAAGAUAUCAUUGCAAUGCUUUGCCACAUGAUCCAGCUGCUCAUAAACCUCUUCUUUUUUUAAAAAAAGAAAUGAUUGGUUUUGAUUUAAUUUGUGUUAUAUAACAACAGUGUUUUGCAUCUUCAUUCAGAUGAACCCAUCUUCCAAGGAAUGGUGUGUUCUUGCACUAAACUUUUGGAACUGUUUGUAAAUCUGCAAAAAUGCAUCUAUAACUAAAGACAUCAAUUUAUAUAUUUUUCAGCUUGUGGAGAUAUCCCAGAACAAAUUAAAGGUCCAAGUGGGAUCAUCACUAGCCCAGGUUGGCCUCUUGAAUAUCCACCAAGAUUGAAUUGUAGCUGGUAUAUCCGAGCAAACCCAGGUGAAAUUAUUACAAUAAGGUAAUUUGGGUGCUGUACUUUAUAAAUAUAUUGUGGAAAAUGUAAGCAAUUGUCUAAAAAAAUCUUUACAUGUUUUACUAAAUGUAAAUUUAGUCCUAGUAAAUGCCUUGAUUAAAGCAUUCCAUUUUCUAACUUUAUUCUACUUCUUGACUUUCUUGAAUUAAAUAGCCAGAUAUAUAGCAGCGCUAAAUUAUGCCUGGGUGUCAGAUCUUAAAACUAAAAUUUGGUUAUGGGUGUCUGGGAGCAUUUCAUUGAAUUUUACAUACUAGGUUCUAUAGGGAAUACAGUGGUACCUCGGGUUACAUACGCUUCAGGUUACAUACGCUUCAGGUUACAGACUCCGCUAACCCAGAAAUAGUACCUCGGGUUAAGAACGUUGUUUCAGGAUGAGAACAGAAAUUGUGCUCCAGCGGCGCAGCAGCAGCAGGAGGCCCCAUUAGCUAAAGUGGUGCUUCAGGUUAAGAACAGUUUCAGGUUAAGACAGACCUCUGGAACGAAUUAAGUACUUAACCCGAGGUACCACUGUACUUUAUAUGAUCCGAAAGUUUAGGAAAUUUAUGUUUCCUAUAUACAAACUUAUGGCAGGAUCCAAAAAAGGUUGCUUAGGCUCAUGCAAGGACUUUUACUAGCCUUGUGAACUUGUGACUUCUUUCUCAUGAAAAAGUCAAUCCCCAUGCAGUCACAAACUGCUUUUGAAAGUCCUCUUUUUCAAAACAAGCUAACAAACAAAACACAACAGUUUGUUUGUGCCACCUCUUCUAUUUGAAAACAUCAAGGUUAAAAUUCCUUGUGGAAGUAGUUUCUCUAGGUUGGAUCCAAAAGUGCCUUUAGGAAUACAGGAGGUGUCUUCCAUGCAUGUAAGUGCUGCAGUAACCUCCUAGUUAAAGUAGCACAGAAGCUUUUGCAUUGUUGGUUUUGCUAGCAGCAACUUGGAAGUUCCUUUCAGGGUUCAAGAGCAGAGUAUAAAUACUUGGAAGUUAACAGGGCUUUGUUUCAGCCAGAACUCAGUGGAACCCAGUUCCAGCACCUCUUAGGUAGGCACCAUUGCCAUUACAAGAGAAAAAGGGAGGCAUGCAUCGUGAGUUCUGGCUCCUCAUUUUUUAGAAAAAUAGCACUGGAAGAAAUAAAACAAAUGCAAAUAGAAGCUAAAUUGUAAUAUGUUCUUUCACUUGUAACCUCUUGUGCCUGUGGAAGCAUGCAACUUGCUAUAGAAUUUAUGAUAUGAAAUCUGGUAUUUGACAAUAGUGUUUCAGCUUGCCAUUUAGGAAAAGGGCACCAAAAAAAAGAUGUAUAUAUGAGAAAAGGUUAAAACGUCUGUUCAUUGGCUCUGAUUUUAGUGGAAAGCAAGAGGCUGAGAAAGAGAGAAAAGAAUCUUCCUAAUAGAUGUAAUAGAUGUAUCAUAUCAGUAGUUCAUAUCUAGAAAUAAUUGAUAAUAUUUAUCUGUUCUGGAUUAAAAACUCUUAAGGUUUUGAAAUGUAUUUUUUCCAAUUGGGGAGGUAAAAAUUAGGUCUUGUUGAACUUAAUGUCUGUCAGAAAUUUAAGGAUAUGUAUAUUAAAUAGUUGUUUGUUAAGGGAUUAUACUAAUAUUUAACAGCAACAAAAAAGAAAUAUAACUCAUUAUUUACCUUGUGUAGUUUUCAGGAUUUUGAUGUUCAAGGAUCACGGCGAUGCAGUUCAGAUUCCCUGACGAUAGGGGCAUACAAAAACAUGGAAAAUUAUAGGGUGUGUGGGUCUUCUAUUCCAUCUCCAUAUAUAUCUUCACAGGACCAUGUUUGGGUCAGAUUUCAUUCAGAUGAUAGUAUAUCACGAAAAGGAUUCAGACUGACUUAUUUUGCAGGUAAACUUUAAAUGUUGUAAUUAAACAUUUUCUAGAUUUGGGGGCCAGUCUUUUCAGUCUUGUUGUUGUUGUUGUUGUUGUUUUAAAGAAACCACAGUGCAUCGAUUAAUGGAAGCUUAAGUAAGAGAUGAUGGUUAUUAAUAUUCUUUUUAUUUUAGAAAAUGUAGAAAGUAGGACUGCAGUUGCUAACAUCCAGACGUUGCCAUUUCAGACCUAUUGUAGAGACAUUUGAAACACUACUUAAGGCAUUUGUAGUAGGUAUAUUGAAAAUAUUGAUAACUGUUCUAAAGCUCAGAAAAUGAACCGAGUCCUCCAAACAACUAUCUAGAGAGACACGCCAAAUUUUAUGCAGUAGAUCCCUCACUCUUGAUGGAACAUGUUAUACAUUUUCAUGCACUCUUCAUACAUGAUAGAACAUGCAAACAUGUUAUGGAGUACAAAAUGUUAAUCAGCCAAAGGCCUGGUUAUAGAGCAACAUUUUCACCUAGUGCCUAAAGAUGUACAGCAUAAUGAAGCUGCCAGACAAACCUCACUGGGGAGAGUAUUCCAUAAAUGGGGAGCCAUCGCCAAAAAGGCCUGUUCUGGACCACCCUCUGGACCUCUCAUGAAGGAGGCACACAAAGAAGGGACUUGGAUGAUGAUCACAGAGUCUGGGUUGGUUCACAUAGGGAGAGGCCGUCCUUGGGGUAUUGUGGUCCUAAAUAAAACCGUAUGGAGCUGCUCAAACUGUGUGUUUUUUUUAUACCAGAAUAGCUCAUAUUCCAGAUAAACUGUUAAAAUACUAUUUCCAGCUGACUGAUUUUUAUUGAUUAGUGCAGGGCUAGCCAACAUAGUGCCCUCCCAAAGUUGAUGUGCUGCAGCUCACACCAUCCCAGAGAACUGGCCAGUCCUGGCUGGGGCUGAUGGGAGUUAACAGUCAAGUAACAUCUGGGGGGGGCAUCUGUAUUGGGUCCCAGUACAUUUCAGAGCACAAUUCAAAGUCUUAGUGUUGUCCCAAACAGCCUUGUCUCUGUAUACCUGAAGGAGUGUCUUUGUCCCCAUCGUUCAGCCCAGACAGAGAGGUCCACUUUCUGAAGGCUUUCUGGCAGUUCCUUCACUGCGAGAAGUAAAGUUACAGGGAACCGGGCAGAGGGCCUUCUCGGUAGUGACACCCACCACAUGGAACACCCUCCCAUCAGAUGUCAAACAUAAACAGCUGCAAAACUUUCCAAGACAUCUGAAGGCAGCCCUGUAUCAGGAAGUUUUAAAUGUUUAAUGCUUUGUUGUGUUUUUUUAUGUUGGAAGCUACCCAGAGUGGCUGGGGCAACCCAGUCAGAUAAGUAGGAUAUUAUUAUUAUUGUAAGAUAAACAAGUAAGUGUAGAAGUGGGCAUAUAAUAAUUUCUUUAAUGUUCAUUUUUAGGGAAAUCCAGCGAACCAAGCUGCGACUGUAACCAAUUCCAUUGUGCUAAUGGGAAAUGUAUUCCAGAAUCUUGGAAAUGCAAUGACAUGGAUGAAUGUGGAGACAACUCUGAUGAAGAAAUCUGUGCCAAAGCUAGUCCUCCAACUGCUGCUUCCUUCCAGCCAUGUGCAUACAACCAGUUCCAGUGUCUGUCUCGUUUCAAUGUUUACACUUGCAUUCCAGAAUCCUCAAAAUGUGAUGGAAACCUUGACUGUCUUGACUUGGGAGAUGAAAUAGACUGUGGCGUGCCAACAUGUGGACAGUUGCUGAAAUAUUUUUAUGGUACUUUCAAUUCUCCCAAUUAUCCAGACUUUUAUCCUCCAGGGAGCAACUGCACAUGGCUGAUAGACACUGGGGACCACCGCAAAGUUAUUUUGCGUUUCACUGACUUUAAGCUUGAUGGUACCGGAUAUGGGGACUAUGUCAAAAUAUAUGACGGUUUAGAGGAGAAUCCACGCAAGCUAUUGCGUGUUUUAACUGCUUUUGACUCUCAUGCCCCUCUUACAGUUGUUUCUUCUUCCGGUCAAAUCAGAGUGCAUUUUUGCGCUGACAAAGUGAAUGCAGCAAGAGGAUUUAAUGCUACCUAUCAGGUUGAUGGCUUCUGUCUGCCAUGGGAAAUUCCAUGUGGUGGAAACUGGGGCUGUUACACAGAGCAGCAGCGCUGUGAUGGCUAUUGGCAUUGUCCAAACGGAAGAGAUGAAACAAACUGCACUAUGUGCCAAAAGGAAGAAUUUCCUUGCUCUCGUAAUGGUGCCUGCUAUCCACGCUCCGAUCGCUGCAACUACCAGAACCACUGCCCCAAUGGCUCGGAUGAAAAGAAUUGCUUCUUUUGCCAGCCAGGAAAUUUCCACUGCAAAAAUAAUCGGUGUGUGUUUGAAAGCUGGGUUUGCGAUUCCCAAGAUGAUUGUGGCGAUGGUAGUGAUGAAGAGAAUUGCCCAGUUAUUGUACCCACCAGAGUAAUAACUGCUGCUGUCAUUGGAAGUCUUAUUUGUGGGCUGCUCCUUGUCAUUGCACUGGGAUGCACUUGUAAGCUGUAUUCUUUGAGAAUGUUUGAACGAAGGUAAGAUUUUGCGAUUACAAAAGAAAAGCUGCUAUUUUAUUGUUCCUGAUUUACCAGAAAAUACUGUCUAAACAAUUGUCUGUGGGUGGCUACUUUUACUAAGGAAUGCUAGACAUUUUCUUUACCAUUCAAAAAAGUUGUCUUAGUACGUAGCUACAAAGCAGCAUGGCUGUGAAUGCUUCAAAUAUUCAGGGGAUCUUCCAGUGCCUUCAAAUAGGAGUUUGAUUAGACUUAAGUAAUUAAUACUAGUAAUUCAAAUUGGAUUCACAUAUUAUAUAUAUAGGUAACAACUUUGUGCAAGCACAGUUCUUCCUUUUGUAAAAUUGUAUGAGGGUUGUUAUCAAACUGUUAGGGUUGUUGUUAUUUAGUAAAUUAUUAUUGUAGCACCAUCAGUGUGCAUGGCAAUUUAGAGGAUAAGGGGAUAGAUGCCUUCCCUCAUGAGACUGCAGUCUAAAAUUUGACUCCAAUGAAACAACAGAGACAGAAAUCACUGAUACAGUGGUGGCACUCUUAUUAUCUAUGAAAACUAAAUUGUAACCUGUUUAUGUUCUUAAAUAGAUCUUUUGAGACACAGUUGUCUAGAGUUGAGGCUGAGUUGUUAAGAAGGGAAGCACCUCCUUCCUAUGGACAGUUGAUUGCUCAGGGCUUAAUUCCACCAGUUGAAGACUUCCCUGUUUGCUCACCAAAUCAGGUAAGAACUUUCAUAUUAACUAAAAAUAGAUUACUAUGAAUGAGAAGUAUAAAAUCACAAAGUACUGAAUCAGUUAGCUAGCCAAAUGCCUUACUGCAGCAGUUUCUGCUCACUUCCAAUAAGUUGACAAAAACUCUUUGCAGAUCUUUGAAUCCCAGUCUCAGUGUGAUAAAUGCUUGUGAAAAAAAAGUUACUGUGAACAGCACAGCAUCUGUUGACACACUAUGUUUUAACACCACAUGGUGGCGCUUAACAACCUUGUCUAAGAUUCCCACAUUCAUACCGUAGCUUGAAAUUCAGUGAUAGCCCUUAAUUUUUCCACAAAACACAGGCAAGCUGUUUCUCUUCCUUGGUCAUAAAUCUGUGUGAUCAUAUAAGAUUGUUUUUGUAUUGUCACUGGAUAUAGCUUUCUGAAGUACAAAGUAUUUUUAUUGUCACCAGAAUAAAAACAUACUUGGUUGGAAGUCAGGUUUUUUUUAAAAAAAUAAUUAAAAAUGGGUAUAUCAUCAAACUCCACAUUAGGAAAUUUUGCCCUGCCUUUUUUAUCCAAAAGCAUUUAAGGAGUUGGUAAGCAGCAAGAAUCCAAAAUCAAUGGAAAACCAAGCUAGUGGAGUACCUAAAUGUGGAUCAGUAUAAGUAAUUUUGCUCACUUGAUAAUGCUAUAAAUGGGUGCUUAAUUUACAAAAUGUAUUAGAUACAUGUCAUGUGUAUAUAUUCAUAUUUUUAUUCUGAGAGAUUUAAAUGUAAACAAAAAAGAACAUAAGCACUGUCAUCGAACCCAGUCCUCAACUGUUAAAAAAUGAUUCUCACAUACGUAUUUAACUGAAGAACAGUCAGAGGACUUAGAAUGUAGACUUGCAUGUUGCCAAAUUGAAUGAAGCUUAUCUAGAGAGCUCCUUAUUGCAUUUUUUUUCAAAGUGUUGUUUCUUCAUAGCAUCUGCCUUACCCAUGCCUUUGUUUUCACAGGCUUCUGUUUUAGAAAAUUUGAGGCUAGCAGUGAGGUCUCAGCUUGGAUUUACCUCUAUCAGGCUUCCAAUUGCGGGCCGGUCAAGCAAUAUUUGGAACCGAAUCUUUAAUUUUGCAAGAUCUCGCCAUUCUGGAUCCCUGGCACUGGUUUCAUCAGACGGAGAUGACAUUGCCAACCCGAAUGCUAGCAGAGAAGGUGAAAGAAACGGCUCUCACCGAAACCUUUUUUCAGUAGAGUCUGAUGAUACAGACACAGAAGCUGAACGAAGAGACACAGCAGGUGCCGUUGGUGGCGUUGCUGCUACUUUGCCUCAGAAGGUCCCUCCUGCAACAGCCGUCGAAGCAGCUGUCGUCUGUGGAGCUUCCUCAGCUCAGAAUAUCAGCAGCAGUUCGGACGGUGGAAGAGAAGCAGCGAGCGUGGAACCCCCGAGUUCCAGUCCAGGGCGCCACCAGUUCUCCAGUGCACUUAGUCGUAUGACUCAAGGGUUACGUUGGGUACGCUUCACUUUAGGGAGGUCGAGUCCCGUCAGUCAGAACCAAAGUCCUUUGAGACAGCUUGAUAAUGGGGUAGGUGGAGGAAGAGACGAAGAUGAUGAUGUUGAAAUGCUCAUUCCCGCUUCUGAUGCGGCCUCAGACUUUGAUGCGAAUGACUGCUCAAGACCUCUUCUUGACCUCACCUCAGAACAAGGACAAGGGCUUAGGCAGCCUUACAGUGCAGCACAUAAUGGGAUGCGGUCCUGUAAUCGAGAUGGCCCUUGUGAGCGCUGUGGAAUUGUACAUACUGCCCAGAUACCUGACACUUGCUUAGAAUCAGCACUGAAAAAUGAAACUAGUGAUGAUGAGGCUUUGCUACUUUGUUAA